UUGAACAUCGACACAAAAAGUAACAUUGCAUAAGGAGCAUAGGCAUGAAUGAAUUCAUGCUGUCUCUGCAAUUUCCACAAUGUCUUCGUCCGUCGAUCUGAAACCCGCCAAAAGUUUGACUCAAUAUCUCGAAAAUUACACAGAAAAACCCAUUCGGGCUGCUGUUGUUCGGAUAUCGAAUGAGAGCUCUUUUGAAGUUUCGGAUACCGUUGACAAAAGCCCUUCUUUUGAAUCAGAUUUUGAGAAGAUUCGUCAAGUACUACUCGCUUCUUCCGAACCUGCCUUCGUCCUCGUCCAUGAUCAAAACCGUAAUGAUCUUUUGCAGUUCAUUUCUUAUGUGCCUGACUCGGCCAAUGUCCGAAAUAAAAUGCUCUAUGCCUCCAGUCGUUCUGGUUUAAUUCGCAUUGUCAAUAUGUCAAAAAUUGACAAAUCUUUCUUUGCUAGUGCUCCCGAGGAACUUAGCUAUAAGUCGUUUUUUGAUAAGGUCACGAAAGAAACUGAUACUGCACCUCUACGCCAGGACGAAGAAGAUAGACAACAAGUGGAUGAGUCUUUACAAUCUUCUACGUCUCAAAAGCGUUCUUUAGUUACUGGAAGUAUAGCAAUGGAAUUAAACGAUGAUGCUUUGAAAGCCAUCGAGAAGUUUCGCUCUGUUCCUCAAAAUACCCUUUUUCUUUUUUCUGUCCAAGACGAAGUUAUUUGCCUAGAAGAUGAAAAAGAAAGCAUUGCUGCUUCUGAUGUAAAGUCCUUUUUCCACCCUUCUGAACCAAGAUUCGGGUUUUACUCGCUUUCUAAGGAUGAGCAAUCAAAACAUUUGUUUAUUUACAUCUGCCCUAUGCAGUCCUCUGUAAAAAAUAGGAUGGUCUACUCGUCUUGCAAACUUGCAUUUCUGAACAAGGUUGAAAAGGAGUUUGGCAUAAAGAUUGACGGAAGGUUGGAAUCAAACGAUUCUGCAGACUGCACCGAAAAGGAAAUCCAUCAAACGUUAGGUCUUAUUGAUACAUCAAAAGAGUCAAACACAAGGUCUGGCUUUUCUAGACCUCGUCCUCCUCGUAGACGUUAAUGUUACGAUCUAUAUCCUUGUCCGUCUCUAUAUGUUGCAUCUUUACACAAGUUAUGAAUCCCUUCUUUGGAAUGAAUAUUUUGAACGCUCUUGUUAAUAGUAGCUCAUUUGUCUUUUAACCUUACCAAUGCUUACGUCCUUAAAAUAUUUUACUAAUAGAUCAUAUACACUUCCAAUAAAAAUCGAGUACUCACCCAAAAAUUAAUUAUUCAUUAC